AACAAGAGAGCAGCUGCCCUUCAGUCUCCCUCCCUUGUGCGGUCUAUGACCAGCUCCUGUUUGUGACAGUGAGUUAUCUUUAUCUUCAUCUUUAACUCUCAGACUUAGGAACAUAUUCAGGCUGUCAUCUCUCUUACUCGCACGCUCCCAUCUAGCAGACUCAUUUCAUCGCACAGCAAAGUCAUGGCAGACAAAAAGGACAGCAAGACUCCCAGUAAAGGCAUUCUGAUGAAAAAGAAAGAAAAGAAAGUGGAGAAAGUAGAGAGUAAACCUCAAAAGGAGAAAGAAAAGAACAAAGUUAAAGAUGAAAAGACGGCAAAGAAGCCGGAGAAGCCAGAGAAGACCCCAGAAAAUGAGCAAAAAACGGAGGAGAUGCCACAGGGAAAUGGGGAGAUAGCAGAAGGAGCCAAAGGCCCCGUCAAAGAUGAGGAGUUUGAGCUGGAGCCCAUGGAGCUGCCUCCAUUUGAGAUCAUUGUAGGAGACAGAAUGAACCCCACCUUCUUUAAGUUCCAGUUUAAAAAUGUGGAAUAUUCUUCCGGGCGCAAUAAGACCUUCCUGUGCUACCAGGUAGACAUUCAAGGGGGCGCUACAGAGACAGACGGCCUUCGUGGUUUCCUGGAGGAUGAGCAUAUGGGUUCACAUGCUGAAGAGGCCUUCUUUCAACUGGUGCUGGCCUAUUACGACAAGUCACUCAACUACACAGUGACCUGGUACACAUCCUCGAGCCCUUGCGCAGCCUGCGCCGCUAAGCUUGUCGAGAUCUUGCGAGCACGCAAGUCACUGCGCCUUAAUAUCCACUGCUCUCGUCUUUUCCAGUGGGAGGAACCAGAGAUACAGGCCGGACUUCAGGCGCUAGCUAGGGCGGGAUGUAAACUACGCAUGAUGAGGCCUUUGGACUUUGCGUAUGUUUGGUCUACUUUCGUUGAGAAUGAGGAAGAUAACUUUACACCCUGGGAAGACUGUCAAGAUAACUAUGAUUAUUAUGACGAGAAGCUGUGUGAUAUUUUAAAGUAGGAUAAGGAGCCGCUUCUGGCCUGUGAUUAAGAUGGUUUAAUACAGCCUAUGAACUGCCUUUAAGGAAAUUGGUACUUCAAAGCCAAUUAUUACAAUCACCCUGUCAUUUUAGCAGCUUUGUUUCCUCUGUCAGCACUGCUUCUCUUGUAACAUCAGAUGGCUGACUUUACAGAAGUUUAUAAUACAAUUAACAAUCAAUUCAAA